AUGACGCAGUCUGAAGCCAUCUUGGACAAGACGUCUAACAAGCCCCAGUCUUACAAGCCCCAGUCUAACAAGCCCCAGUCUAACAAGCCCCAGUCUUACAAGCCCCAGUCUUACAAGCCCCAGUCUAACAAGCCCCAGUCUAACAAGCCCCAGUCUUACAAGCCCCAGUCUAACAAGCCCCAGUCUUACAAGCCCCAGUCUAACAAGCCCCAGUCUUACAAGCCCCACCCCAGUCUUACAAGCCCCAGUCUUAACAAGCCCCAGUCUAACAAGCCCCAGUCUUACAAGCCCCAGUCUAACAAGCCCUAGUCUUACAAGCCCCAGUCUAACAAGCCCCAGUCUAACAAGCCCCAGUCUUACAAGCCCCAGUCUUACAAGCCCCAUCUAACAAGCCCCAGUCUUACAAGCCCCAGUCUAACAAGCCCCAGUCUAACAAGCCCCAGUCUUACAAGCCCCAGUCUUACAAGCCCCAGUCUAACAAGCCCCAGUCUUACAAGCCCCAGUCUAACAAGCCCCAGUCUUACAAUCUUACAAGCCCCAGUCUUACAAGCCCCAGUUCUAACAAGCCCCAGUUCUAACAAGCCCCAGUCUUACAAGCCCCAGUCUAACAAGCCCCAGUCUUACAAGCCCCAGUCUAACAAGCCCCAGUCUAACAAGCCCCAGUCUUACAAGCCCCAGUCUAACAAGCCCCAGUCUAACAAGCCCCAGUCUUACAAGCCCCAUCUAACAAGCCCCCAUCUUAGUCUAACAAGCCCCAGUCUUACAAGCCCCAGUCUUACAAGCCCCAUCUACCAGUCUAACAAGCCCCAGUCUUACAAGCCCCAGUCUAACAAGCCUCAGUCUUACAAGCCCCAGUCUAACAAGCCCCAGUCUUACAAGCCCCAGUCUUACAAGCCCCAGUCUAACAAGCCCCAGUCUUACAAGCCCCAGUCUUACAAGCCCCAGUCUUACAAGCCCCAGUCUUACAAGCCCCAGUCUAACAAGCCCCAGUCUAACAAGCCCCAGUCUUACAAGCCCCAGUCUAACAAGCCCCAGUCUUACAAGCCCCAGUCUAACAAGCCCCAGUCUUACAAGCCCCAGUCUAACAAGCCCCAGUCUUACAAGCCCCAGUCUUACAAGCCCCAGUCUAACAAGCCCCAGUCUAACAAGCCCCAGUCUUACAAGCCCCAGUCUAACAAGCCCCAGUCUAACAAGCCCCAGUCUUACAAGCCCCAGUCUAACAAGCCCCAGUCUUACAAGCCCCAGUCUAACAAGCCCCAGUCUUACAAGCCCCAGUCUAACAAGCCCCAGUCUUACAAGCCCCAGUCUUACAAGUCCCAGUCUUAACAAGCCCCAGUUUAACAAGCCCCAGUCUAACCUGCAGAGAAAAACUCACAAACAACCAGCAAUUACAUAUACACAGUAUUAGUCUGGUGGCAACAUCAAUAAUCAUAAUAAUACCC